AUGCAGACCAUCAAGUGUGUUGUCGUUGGGGACGGUGCUGUGGGUAAAACCUGCCUGCUCAUCUCAUACACUACAAACAAAUUUCCUUCAGAAUAUGUACCUACAGUGUUUGAUAAUUAUGCCGUAACUGUAAUGAUUGGAGGCGAGCCCUACACACUCGGCUUGUUUGAUACCGCAGGUCAGGAAGACUAUGACAGGUUACGACCUCUGAGUUAUCCUCAGACCGAUGUCUUCCUUGUUUGCUUCUCUGUUGUGUCUCCCUCUUCAUUUGAAAAUGUAAAAGAAAAGUGGGUUCCAGAGAUCACCCACCAUUGUCCAAAGACCCCCUUUUUGCUAGUUGGCACUCAGAUUGAUUUGAGAGAUGACCCCUCUACUAUAGAGAAGCUGGCAAAGAACAAGCAAAAACCUAUUACUCCAGAGACGGCAGAGAAGCUUGCAAGAGACCUCAAGGCUGUGAAAUAUGUGGAGUGCUCCGCGCUCACACAGAAAGGCCUAAAGAAUGUGUUUGAUGAGGCGAUAUUGGCUGCAUUGGAGCCCCCAGAGCCCAAGAAGAAGCGCAAAUGUGUGCUGCUAUGAGAAGCGUGUCUCUUCAAAGCAUCCACAUCUAACACACACAUACUCUUGCAUACAUACUGCCCCCCCACCCAACCACAUUUCCAUUACUCUGCUAAGGCCGAUAGACAGCACUGACCUCCAAAGGCAUGACUCGAAAGAUUUACAGUCAACCAAGUUUAACUGUCUCUGCAAUAAGAAGCUUCACUCCUAAGUCAGAUUUGGGGGUAGAAGAUCAGCCUAACCAGCAGGUUAUGCAGGGUUUGCACAGACUGCCAUUGCCUCUGAUGGGGAUUCAGAUACCAAGCUUAUGUAAAUGUAGAAUUAAAGUUGUUGAGCUUUUAAGUAGAUUUUUCUGAAUGCAAUCAGUGUUGUGGCCCGGUCUACCUUUUAAAUGCCCGACCAUUAAGUUGUCUUCAGCCAUUGUGGAGUCCCGCCCCGGCCCAUCCUUGUUGUCUCCCAUGUUCUCAGCACUACCAGAGGAAACGAUCAUGGAAUGGUGCUCAUGUUUUUAUUUGCCAACACCCCAAACACGAUAGCUUGACAAUGAGAUUUACUCCUUGUUCCACAUUUAACCACUAAGGGAACUGUGACGGUCUGAAAGGACAGGGUUAUGCAAGGCAAUACAGUGAUUUGGCAACUCUGAAGUUGAAUUUGUAAAUUUUAUCUCACAUUCACUCUGUUUAUCUUGAGUUGUUCACAGUAAAGCGUUGCAGUCAGAUUAUUGUAAUUCAGUGAGGAGUCGACCAGUUGAAAUAUGAAAUAUUGCCACAUGAAUUUUCCCUUAAAAGCAGGAAACUUGAACAGUGUUAGAAAAAGUGUGCUCUUCAUGGGACCACGGACGAGUGCCUCAAGAUCUUCAUUCAAUGUAACUGUCACCUUACGCUUAAAAUGGGUAGAGCAAGUCCACUACGGCAAACAAAUUCUGCCUACUGUAGUGGCACCAAUAAAUUCAGACAACUAACAAACAUGAGUUUCACUAACUACACUUAUUUACGGUGUCAUGUUGGCAAACUGACUUUAUUAAGGGGGGCACGCCCAACUCCUUUUGUACACUUUUAGGCUGGGGUUGCCGAGUGCCUGGGUGUGAAUGUCAGCUCAGGCCUUCCUGUGUGGCGUUUUCAAGCCCUGUGCUGGCUUGCUUUUUUUUUUUUUUUUUUCUCCCCCCCCCCCUCCUGUUUUCCUUCCACAUUCCAAAAACAUGAAUGUUAGUUUGAUUGAAGACUAAAUUGCCCAGAGGGACGAAUGCGAGUGUGAAUAGUUGUCUACACGUGCCCGCAGAUUGACUGGCAAUCAAUCCAGCGUGUACCCCGCCUCUUGCCUAGAGACAGCUGGGUUAGGCUCCAGCUCAAAUGCGCCCCUAAUAAGGAUAAGCGCGAUAGAGAAUGCAUGGAUAGAUGUAGAUGAACCUUGCUCUCUCAGGUGCAGCAGUGUGAACUUGCUGUACAUGGCACACAUUAAUGUAGGCCCCAGUUUUUACCAUAAUAUUUUGUUCGUUUCUGACACAUUUUGUGUUCCGCUUCCCCUCCCUCUUGCUUCCUCUAUCUAAAUAAUAUAAACAUGUGGAUUUAUACCUGCCGUUAUUACCAAGAAAACCACUGCUUGGGUUUUUCCCACUAAAACCCCUACUGGCAGAGAGACUGUUCUGUUGAUGAUUUGGUUGGUUACUGGCGGCUUAGAGUUGGGUUGACAUACAGCCCAUGUCAGUAUCAUUAUUAUAAUCUGUUGUUGUUUUGGUGAAAAUCCAAAUGCUUUUGUCAAAGCUCUUUUGUUCUUUGUAUAUGCAUUCUUAAAAAUAUUAAACUUAUAAUUUUUUUUUUUUUGCCUUUA